UCUAAUCGGAAACGGAAUUGGAAGGCAGUGGAGCGACGACCUAUAAAUUUGGGCGUUUGGGAUUGAUGAUCGAUCGCAGUGAAACGCCCCGGUGAUUGUUCUCACCCAUUAAUUUGAUCCGAAAUAUCGACGGAGAGAUCUUUCUGUUCUUCAUUGUUUUGAUUUCCGUAGCUCUAUUUCUAGAUUCUUUCUCUUGUUACUGCGAUCGAAUCGAUUCUCUGUUUAGCGUUGUUCAUCAAUGGCGUACAAGAAAACCCUAGCACAGCGUCUCUUUAACAUAUCCAAAAUCUCUGAACAAUUCCUUACCAAAUGCCGGAUUUCGUCGUCUUCGCUUGCGGCUCGUGUUCCUCCCAACACCAAUACUGCGAACAUUGCUCAUGAUCCUGGAGAUCAUGUUGUUUUUCGUUGCUUUCUUCACAAGAAAGCUGUUUCUCAGCCGGCGAUUUCGCCUGAACUCCGGGAACUGGCGGCUGGAGGGAACAUGGUGGAGAAGUUCAAAUCUCUUGGGAUUGCUCCACAUCGAAUUCGCCUCGAUUGCCUUCGUCCCCCUGCUUGCGAUUCGUUGGCUUCGGAUCCGGAUAGGUCCGAUUUGAAGGGUGGUUUGACGGUUGAGGAUGCGAGGAAGUUGCUCAGAGUAGCGCGGAUGGAGAUGGUGAAGAGGAAGUUGAGAGAAGUUCAGAAAUCAUGGAUUCCGCACUCUGAAUUCGUACGGAUUUGUGGUCAGGGAUGUGAUGAUCCUGGUCAGGGCCUUGAGACUGCACAAAUGCUUGAUGAAUCCGGAACCGUGAUUGUCUUAGGAAACGUUGUGUACCUCAGGCCUGAACAGGUAGCCAAGGCCAUUGAAGGCCUAAUUCCCUUACCACCAGUCAUUCCAAAUGAUGAUGCUAGAAGGGAAGAGCUUGAAGAAAUGGAGACGAAGAAAGCUGUAAUCGACAAAAAAGCUGAAAUGCUCGUACGUCGGGAGCUCUGGGUCGGACUGGGCCUCCUCGUGGCUCAAACAGCUGCAUUCAUGAGGCUCACCUUCUGGGAGCUCACUUGGGAUGUCAUGGAGCCAAUUUGCUUCUAUGUCACCUCAGCUUACUUCAUUGCUGGCUAUACCUUCUUCCUCAAGACCUCGAAAGAGCCUUCCUUCGAGGGCUUCUUCCAAAGCCGGUUUAGCACAAAGCAGAAGCGCCUGAUGAAGCUUCAGAAUUUCGAUAUCGCUCGCUACAACGAACUCUGUAAAGCUUGUCCACCAAAAUCCUCAGCUCAAGGACUUCCCUCUUCAGACUCUAAGGUGUAUGAGUUGGAAUCUUUACAUCAUUAAAAAGUUACAGAUCUUGAAAAAUAAAAGAGUAUAGGCAGUGCGAUGCUAAGCUUUUGUUUCACUGCCAGUUUUAUAGUUUUUUUUCAUUAGGUGCGGCGGCUUUCUGUAAACAGAGUACAUAGAAUUGUCCCCUCUUCUAACAAAACUCAAUCCUUUUUUCUUAUUUAAUACACGUUGGUAGGAGCAAAAAUAGGUUGGCUGCGUCCAUUAAUAGUCA